AUUUCCUGAGACACUCUCCAUCAAUCUGCAAUCUUCUCUGUGAACAUUUUCUGUUUGAUUGCUGGAAUUCGAGUUUGAUUCUCAAUCCGCAUAUGGGUUGAAACUCAUUGAAAGAAAUCGGAACUGGAAGGAGAGCCGUGAUGGAUUUCAGAUGUGUUCAUUGUGGGCAUAGGAUCAAAACUUUGUUCGUGCAAUAUUCACCAGGAAACAUUCGAUUAAUGAGAUGUGAGAAUUGUAGAGCAGUUGCAGAUGAGUACAUCGAAUGUGAGAUCACGAUUCUUCUAAUUGAUUUGAUUCUGCACAAGCCAAAAGCAUAUCGACAUCUACUCUUCAAUGAGCGCAAUCUAGCAACCGAUUCUAAGGGCUUAUUAUGGAGGUUAACUUUCAGCUACUUGUUUCUAGAUGCUUACAGGAUACUAGUUUUAAAAAAGACUGAAAAAGAAUGGCGUUUGUUCAUGAGUUUUUCUUCGCUAGUUUGGAGAUGUCAAAAGGUUUUGGUGAAUGUCUUCUUUGGGAACUUCUUAUUUUUUUGUAUACUUCUUCACGGAACAAGGAUAGUGCAGAAUACAUCAGAUAUGGGCUCCAGGUACAAAGGCCUUUUGCUUGCAAUCCUUAUUUCAAGUUACUUGAAGAUUUUUCUUAUCGCCAUUAUGGUCUGGGAAUUUCCAUCAUCUGUGAUUUUCAUUGUUGAUAUAUUUGUCCUAUCAUCCAACAUGGUGGCCUUGAAAGUAGGGAGGUGCAAACUCUGGCUGUUAUCACCAAUGCAUAUUGAUUCCCUCUCUUUCUUUCUCUGUACCAGUUACCUCAGGGUUGGCCAUGAAUAAAUGCAUGGUGAUCUGCUUCCUAGCACAUGCUGCUAAGUUCUUGACCUGUCAGGUUUUUGAUAUGCUGUGUCAAGAUUGUUGAGAUACUGAACAUCUUCGAUCCUCAACACCGUGCCUGCCUUUGUUGCCGUUCCAGUUCGGUCAGGAUUUGGUUUUCUUGCUUUUUUCCCGUGAAAUACUGGCUGCAAAUGUGAAUUCAAGAUCUCAAUGCGCAUCAUUUUUUAGAUAUCGAAUUGACUUUUAGGAUGGUUAAUGAUAAGUAAUCCAUUUUUCUA